CAUGUUCACAUUCGUGUAGAUCUGCAUCUCAUUCGUUCACUCCCACUUUAACCACUCUUUGCAUUUUUCAUAUCUUGGUUUUCUCCUCUCUCGCGUCUAUGGAGUUUGACGGCGUUCUCCUCGGAAUGUGUAACCCUCUCCUCGACAUUUCUGCCGUCGUCGACGAGGAUUUCUUGCAACGAUAUGGUAUCAAGUUGAACGAUGCGAUUCUCGCCGAGGAUAAGCACAAGCCUAUGUAUGAGGAAUUGGCUAGCAAAACUAAUGUGGAGUACAUUGCUGGAGGUGCUACUCAGAAUUCAAUCCGGGUUGCUCAGUGGAUGCUUCAAGCACCUGGUGCCACAGGGUACAUAGGUUGCAUAGGAAAGGACAAAUUUGGGGAGGAGAUGAAGAAGAGAUGUUCACUUGAUGGUGUAAAGGUUCACUAUUAUGAAAUCGACACUGCACCCACGGGAACUUGUGCUGUUUGUGUGGUUGGUGGUGAAAGGUCGCUCGUUGCAAACUUAUCAGCUGCAAAUUGCUAUAAGUCGGAGCAUUUGGUCAAACCAGAAAAUUGGGCCUUAGUUGAAAAGGCAAAGUACUACUAUAUUUCUGGUUUUUUCCUCACCGUGUCUCCCGAUUCCAUUCAAUUAGUUGCUGAACACGCAGCUGCAAAUGGCAAGAUCUUCAUGAUGAACCUUUCCGCUCCCUUUAUCUGCGAGUUCUUCAAGGAUGCACUGUUGAAAGUGCUACCAUAUAUGGACUAUGUUUUUGGAAAUGAGACUGAAGCAAGAACAUUUUCUAAAGUUCAAGGCUGGGAGACUGAUAACGUCGAGGAAAUAGCUUUAAGGAUUUCCAAGUUGCCAAAGGCAUCGGGAACACAUAAAAGGAUUACCGUUAUCACACAAGGUGCAGAUCCUGUCUGUGUUGCCGAGGAUGGGAAAGUGAAAUUGUACCCUGUGAUACUAUUACCUAAAGAGAAAUUAGUUGACACAAAUGGAGCAGGAGAUGCGUUUGUAGGGGGAUUUGUUUCACAAUUGGUUAAGGAGAAGCCCAUUGAAGAAUGCGUGAGGGCUGGGUGUUAUGCAGCCAAUGUUGUCAUCCAAAGGCCUGGCUGCACGUACCCAGCGAAGCCUGAUUUUCAUUGAGUGAUUCCUCCUUUUCUGCCGCUACUAUUAUUUUUUUUAUCAUUGAGAAGGAUUUUAAUUGCCGCACUCUAACUGGUGUGGGUUUUUGAACCCCUGACAGGGAAAAUAGCGUGAAAAUGUUGCAGGAAGAGAUGAAACGAGAAUAAGUUUAUGUAUUUUAAGUUCGAUCAAAGCAUCAAUGCUCAUAUUGCUGUUUAUGAUCGUUAUUUUUCCUUUUUUUGGUUGCGUUUUAUAAUGUAUUUGUAUCCCUAUCAGGUACCUGAGUCUUAAUUAUGUUGGUUGCAUUA